GAGCGCCGUGUGCCUUGGUAUAGGGAGCCCUUGGCCUUCGGGGGCGUUUCCUCAGUGGGGCCUGGGCUUGAUUUGCAGCCCGUAGGCCUUGGGAGGGGCCCCUUUUGGGGUGCAGAAAAGCCUUCCCCGAGAGGAGAUGCCAGUACGCGCGGGCGGAUGUUAAAGCUGGGCCUCCCGGAGAGCCGGUGUUAAAGGAACACCCUUCAGGAUACAGCCAAAAGAAAGUUCUGCAAAGCAGAGAGACCAGCCUAGAGCUAGGGAUGGCUGCUAUGCUGGAAGAGGGACUCCAGCCGCAAGGAAACAGCAAAGGCCUUGGACAGGAGCCACUGUGCAAGCAGUUCAGGCAGUUGCGCUAUGAAGAAACUGCAGGGCCCCGGGAGGCGCUGCGCCGGCUCCGCGAGCUCUGCCACCGGUGGCUGCAGCCCGAGACCCACAGCAAGGAGCAGAUCCUGGAGCUGCUGGUGCUGGAGCAGUUCCUGGCCAUCCUGCCGGAAGAGCUGCAGGCCCGGGUGCAGGAAAAGCAUCCUGAGAGCGGGGAGGACCUGGUGGUUGUGCUGGAGGACUUGCAGCUGGAGCAUGGAGGACAAGGACAGCAAGAGGACCCAGACCGGGAAAAGAAGCAGUCACUGCUUGUGGAAGUACCAGACUCUCUGAGAGCAGUGCAGGCGCAGCAGGUCCUGCCUGGGUAUGAAGGCCAGAAGCCUAAGAAAGAGGAGGAUGAGGAGAUACAGAUUGAGAAUGGAAAACUUACAACAACAGACUCUUGUGAUACAGAGGAGGAACCCCAGAAGAAAGCUGAACCCAGAGAGGCUCAUUUUGAGGAUUGUAACUUGGAAAGGCAGCAGGGCAAGCCCCAUCACUCAGACGUGACUGAAUACAGAAGCACACACACAGGAGGAAAGCUGUGUGACUCAGAAGUGUGUCAAAGUUCUGUACUUACCGGACAUCAGAAACCCCUGUCUAGAGAGAAAGGCCAUCAGUGCCAUGAGUGUGGGAAAGUUUUUCAGAGGAGUUCACACCUUGUCAGACAUCAGAAAAUCCACCUUGGUGAGAAGCCUUAUCAGUGCAAAGAGUGUGGGAAAGUCUUCAGUCAGAAUGCAGGCCUUUUGGAGCAUCUCAGAAUCCAUACUGGAGAGAAACCUUUUCUAUGCAUCCAUUGUGGAAAGAACUUCAGGCGCAGCUCUCACCUUAAUCGACACCAUAGAAUUCACAGUCAGGAGGAACCCUGUGAAUGUAAGGAGUGUGGGAAAACCUUUAGUCAGGCCCUGCUUCUCACACACCAUCAGAGGAUCCACAGUCACUCCAAAAGCCACCGGUGUAAUGAGUGUGGCAAAGCCUUCAGCUUGACCUCAGACCUCAUUCGGCAUCACAGGAUUCACACUGGAGAGAAACCAUUCAAAUGUAAAGUAUGCCAGAAAGCCUUCCGACUAAACUCACACCUCGAUCAGCACAUAAGAAUCCAUAAUGAAGAAAAGCCCUACAAGUGUACCGAGUGUGGAGAUGCCUUCCGGCAGAAGUCAGGUCUCUUUCAGCAUCAGAGACAUCACCACAGAGGCAGACUGGCCUGAUGAGUGUUCUCUCUGUACAGAACAUCAGAAGCAACAGAGAGAAGCAGACAGCAUGCCACAGCAUGCCAGGAAAAGUCUCUGGCCAACUAAUGUCAGAAAAUACUCUAACGCCAAGUUGAAAGCCAUUUGCCUCCUUUCUGUCUCUCUCUCUCUCUCUCUCUGUCUCUCUCUGUCUCUCUCUGUUCUUUGAAGCUGGCCUUGGACCACAGUAGACAGUCCUUUACAAUCAAAGCAAAACAGUAGUCCUCACUACAGGACCUCGAAGAGGCGUUAAUGUGAUUGAUAAUUGCAUGGUUGUGUAUCUCCACACAAGCUGUACUCAGGCCUCUGAGAACAGCAGCCAGUCAAGUGUCCACAUAGACUGAUGCAAAACAAGGGAUGGUUAAUAUUUCAGAUACUGUAGCAACAGAUUCAUUUUCUCCACCGGCUUCUCACACACACACACACACACACACACACACACACACCCUUGCCGCCUUUCAGCUUUACCUCCACACUCCCUAUGUACAACCAAAGCAUUUUGGAAAUUGAAGUUGAACUCUCUCUGGAGUACUUGUCCUCGUAUCACUUUACAUUUUCCAUCCCCAUCUCCACCACAUCUCACUGGUUCACAUUACAAAGCAAAGUUUUACUUAGACUCUGGAAGUGAUUUCAAGAGUCAUUUUGAGUGAACUGUGCUGAAUCAAUCCAAGUAGCAGCUGUCUUGAUAACUCCAGUCCUGGUACAGUGACUGCUGCAUAGAUGCUAUUUAAUAAAUGUCCAUGGAAGAAA